GGGCGUCUUUUAUUCACGCAAGACACUACAAUCGCUUCCGAAGGGUCUAAUGCCACAUUUAUUUGCCAAGUGUCAGAAUCAACAUUAACUUUAAAGAACGAAUGGUUGUUUGAAAAUAGGACUGUAUCUGAAAAUGGAAAAUUAGCUUCUGGAGUUAAUGAAGAUAAGUACAAGUUGAAAUUAUCGGGAACCAGAUUGGAAAUUGUUAAUCUAACUGUGCAAGAUGGUGGAUAUUACCAGUGCAUCAUUCGAAGAGAAAAUGGCGAACUUCUUUUCAGCGUGAGAGGGACAUUGAACGUUAUAAAAGGUACUUUAGCUUGAUUUAUUUUUUAGCUAAUUGGCUGAUGAAAAAAUCUUGCUAAUUAGAUCUAUUUCAGAUUUAACCCAACUAGUUCUUCCUCUCAAAAAGUAAAAAAUCUGUUCUUAUCCCUUCUAAUAUUUGAAGAUUACCCCUCUUAGUUUCUGUUUUGCGCAAAUUUCCCAAAUAUGUAUAGCAGUUUCUUUUUCCUAAAUUUGCGAGAUUCGUGACAUGCCUAGCCUGCGUGCAGACGAUAACUAAACUCUGAUUAGUACCGUCUGCGGAGCAGCGCAGAGAUCCUUGUUCUGGACCCCCAACGGACUCAACGAAUUACCGGAAGUUCGUUUCGAAUUCCCCUUCAACCUGAUUUGGCGAUCACGACAAACAAAACAAAGGCGUUUUUUAACUGGCCAAUCGUGGCGCGUACUCAAAUCUGGGUACACAGCUGGAAGUCCAGAACAAGGAUUUCGGCGCUGUUUCGCAGACGGAGUUAACCAGAGUUUAAUUUCGUCUGCGCGCAGGCUAUGACAUGCCAUGCCAUUCUUACUUACGUUCACUACACAAGUUUUGUCGUUACAUGUUAUUAUUUUCAUCGUUUUUGCUAUGAUCGCUUUCGGUGUUUUUAUAGGCGGUCAUUACUAAGUGUCCCAAUGGUAGUGGUCUUAAUGUAUUGACCAUACAUAAUAGGCUUUUUACAAUAGUUAGUCACGCGAUCAACUUUUUGUAAAAAUGAAAACAGUUCGCUUUUGAAAACGUUUGUUAGUAGGAACUGAAAGAGCAUAUUAAAUUAAGUAACCUUUGAAUUUUCAGCCGUAUAUCUCAAAAGGAGCGAUUGCAAAGGCCGCCGAAAAUUAGAAGGAUUUGUAUGAAAAGACAUUUCUGGCCACCCAGACUCGCUUGAAUGGUUUUCCAUACAAAUCCUUGUAUUAAUCUUUCCCUUAAGCAUUUACGGUCUCAAAUUGCCUGUAAUGCAUAAAAAGAAGAUUUGAGCCCCAAAAUGCGUAAGGAAAUUUACGACAGUUAGAAAAUUUCCACAUUAACAAGGGUUUGUAUGGAAAACCAUUCAAGCGUGACUACAAAUCCUUCUAAUUUUCAGCGGCCGUUGCGCUCGCUACUUUUGAGAUAUACGGCUGAAAAUUUACAGGUUACCUAAUGUUAAUAUGCUCUUUCAGUUCCUGCUAGCAAAAUUUUUCAAAAGCGAAAAGGCCUAUUUGCUAUCUAAUUUAAAAUUUUCAGCAGCAGACUUCCUUGAUGAACAGCCCACCAACACUUCAAGGGUUUUUGUAUCUUCAACUCAAAUGAUCGAGCCUAGUGUCGCUUCUCAGAACCUCCAGCCGUCACCAACUGCGUCUGUGGUUCCUUCGGCCGCAGUACAAAGAAGAGUGUUUCAUGACGCAGCUUCAGUGACACAGGAAUCCCAAGAGAAACCUACAUGUCAGAACUCUUCUAACAGCACAGGUAUAAGCGAAUCCGUUUUAAGUUUCGGUACUUUCGAUACUUCCAGUAUUAAAAGAAACAUGAUAGAACGGAGAAUCAUCUAUAGGGUGAAAAUUCAAGUGCUUCAAAUAACCACUGGCCACCCUCCUGAGCGAUAGCCCCAGUAAUGAAGGGAAUUAGGGGACCACACGAGGCAAGCGAAAAAUAGCUUCUGUCGAACUUACUCAAUACAUACCAGUUAAGCUUCCUUUUUGCAAGAAUUUGGGAAACAUUUAUUCAUUAUCAUAUUCGCAAAAUUUUAUCACCACGCAUCGCCAGACCCAGAACUGAGUCUGCAUAAUGGAGCCUACACUACAGAGGUUCUGUUCUGUGGAACAAAAUUCCCUCAGAGAUUAGAAAGCUGCCUACAGUGUAGUUUAAAUGUUUUUAAAACUUCAUUUCAUGGGAAAGAUUAUCUUAAUACGACUCAUUGUAACUCUAGCCUUAUUAUUAACAAUGAAAGUUUCUGUAUUUUUAACUUUAUAGUCAAGUGGUUCCUUAGAGUAUUUUAGUCUAAUUUUACACACGAUUCCUAGGAAGACCAUGUAAAAAUUUUUUUCGUGUAUAAAUAAAGAUUUAUGAUGAUGAUGAUGAUGAUGAUCGCCUUUUUGCUCAAGUGGUUCUUCUUUAACAGCUGUCGCUUUCAACAUGGACAGGACCUCACCGAAUCUAAUGAAAGUUAACGAAGGCUGCCAAUUAAAACUUCAGUGUACCUACUGCUCGGUAUCACCAUCGGACGGCGCCAUCUUGUCUUGGUACAAAGAAGGUGUGGAGAUCACAAAUGAUACUAGACACGUGAUAAGCAAGGAUGAGCUUGGUAUCCCUGUGGCGAAGCAUCUUUUGGAUGAAGGGCUUUACAUGUGCGUUGUCACGUUUAAGAAACAAAAUAUUUCAAGGUUCAUGACUGUUAUUGUAAGAAAAGGUAAGACACUCUUUAGGUAUUCUUUCUUUCUUAACUGUAAACUGUAAGUAAAACCAAGUUUUCAUAUAUGUUAAACUUUUUAUGUUUUGAAUUAACGCUGGGGCUCUUCGCUCAUAUUAGGCCUUGGUCACAGUGUUUGAUGCUAUGUAAAGUACAAAAGAAGUAUUUUAACAGAGGAAAAUUAAAUGAAAAAAAAAAUCAUGCACGCGGAAUAAUCCAUACCUUAUAAAAACAAAACAAAACAAAACAAAAAAACACUGACCAUGAUAUCAGGUAUCAAAGGAAAUGCCUUCUAUUGGCAUAAGCUUUGAAAGGUCAAAAUUACCCCAAUCGUUCAAGUAGUGACUUCACGUCACAUGGAAACCCAAAUUCGACCAGCUUUAUUUUAUGGUACGCGCGCUAUGAUUGGCUGCUACGCGAGCAAGAUUUCCUUGUAAACACCGGGCAGAGUUAGCUAGGUGUCCAAGGCAUACACAAUCUGUGUUUAACUUGAUAGUGAACACCCACGUUAUGGUAAAUUAACAGCUGUCGUAAAAGGGUAUCCGCUUACAAAUGUCGUAUAACAGUAUAGAGGGAUCAAGUGCACAACUCAUUGAGGCGACGUGUAUUUUUAAAGUUUUCUGCUGACAAGUUGCUUGUAAUUGAUUGCAGGCUCAAUUGCGUCCAUUGUUUUAUAUAAUAGCACUAAAAAGGCCAUAUAACAUAUAACUUAUCAACUCGUCUGCUCGGUCAUUACAGGGAAAUCUCAGACCUCGGCCGUGAUGUAUUAACCUCGCUAUCGCUCGGUCAAGACAUCAGUGCCUCGGUCUGAGAUUUCCCUGUAAUGACCUCACUCCCGGUUAAUAAGUAAAAAGUAAUAGCUUUGCAGCAGGAAAAGAAGAUUGUCUGGGGGUUCUAAGUUCUGGAUAUUUCCAAACAGAGAUUGGUGAUUGUUGUCAGGCGUGCUCGAGUGCUGGAGGUUACAUUGCCGAUAUCUUUUACGCUUUUCUCCUCCUUCCCCUCUCCUCUUUUACGUCUACCACGCAGGCUAUACUCUUGUUAAACGCUCAUUUAGGAAUUUUUUUCUGCAAAACAAGAGACGAACCGCUACAAAGGAUCAGUUUCUCGGGUUAGAGGGUUAAAUGCUCCCUAAGGCCGAGAAAGCAGCAAAGCUGUUACGAGAUACUUUCAUGACAAUUUUUUCGACUUUGGUAUAAGGUGGAUUAAAUCGCAAGCGUCCUGCUUGUGUUGAAUUUAGAAACCAUCGACCACAGAUAAUUUAGACCUGGUAUUAUGGUUACUAGCUGGCACAAUCAACAGCAUCUAACUCAGGAAAAAGUCUACUAUCAUUCCUCAUGAUGACUCCUUUCUCAGAGGUUUCGUUAAAUUAGUUUUGUAUUUAUUAACCGUGACAGUCCAAUAAAAGUAUCAUCAACAUGUCUAUUUGAUAAAAUGAAAAUUUCUGUUGUUUUCACAGCCGAGUCUGACCCACUCCUGUCAACCGUAUUAGCCCAGAACAAGUCCUUCCUGAGUGUUCAGGUCACAUGGCAUCUGACUGAUCAUGGCGUUUUCACUUCUGCUGUUGUUAGCCUCGGUUUGAGACUAAUAAAUUCUGAUGAAUGGAGUGACGCGAUUGGUAAUAUAUCCUUGGAGUGUGGUCGUCACAUGUUCAAAAAUCUACAGCCAGGCAGUGAAUAUUUGUUGAAUGUCACUCUACAUAACAAGUACAAACAAGUGGAAAGUCGGGCGGUUGUGUUCUGGUCUGCGGCUACCAAUUCUUCAGGUAGGGAGUGCUUGAAUCAAACUCAAGUUAUAGAAUGCGAAAUGUCCGUCAACUUUAAAAGGCUUUUAGUGCGGACUCCUCAUCAUCAUCACCACGAUCACUAUAACCACAACCACCACCACCACUACCACUGUCAUCAUCAUCGACAUCAUCACUAUAUCAUCAUCAUCAUCAUCACCCUUCGCCACCUCCUCCUGGUCAUCGUCAUCAUCAUCAUCAUCAUCAUCAUCAUCAUCAUCAUCAUCAUCUCUAGGAGAUCUUCACUGGCUUCCAGUUGAGGAGAGAAUUGUUUUUAAAAUAAAUUUAAUAACUUUUAAAACAUUGAAUGACUCCGGUCCCCGUUAUCUUGAAGAUAUUUUAAAAUUUUACCAUCAGUCAAGGACAUUACGGUCAUCAAGGGAUCAUUUACGCCUUGAGGAACCACAUUUUAACAUGAAAACUUAUGGCCAGCGAGCGUUUUUCGUUGCUGCCCCCCGACUAUGGAACAAGCUCGCCUUUGAAAUUCGAGCUUGUUCUGAUGUAAAUCUUUCUUUUUAAAAAGGUAUAUGACAUUUAGUUUCAUCAUAUUUGUCUUUGUUUUCUUUCCUUUUAAAGAUGUGUAUGCUAUGAAUUUCCCAAUAUGUACAGUAGGGUUAUAUGUAAGCUUGUGAUUAAUGAUAUUCUUAUGUCCUUUUUUACAUUGUAAAGUGCUUAGAACAGCGAUGUAUAAGCGCUAUAUAAAUUCUAUUAUUAUUAUUAUUAUUAUUAUUAUCAUCACCAUCAUCAUUGUUCAUUGUUAUUACCAUUGUUUGCCAAAAUCCUCUUUCUUUUCUAUACUUUCCUUAUCUUCAAACUUAGAAAGGUUAAGCAGGUUAAGUAAAUGGUAAAGUAGUGAUGAUUAGCCUGUUAGAGCAACUCUUCAAAUGAGAAAUAAAAUAACUCACUGUGGUGGUCCAAUAAUCCAGUCACGCUGCUCACGUUAAACUUCAAAGACUCAAAUCUCCAAUCUCCGGUUAUGAUUACUCAUUACUAUGUUAUGUUCCUUACCAGCAACAAGUCAUUUUUGUCUUGAAGAAAAAGUGAGCUUUAAAAACCUAAAAAGCUUAUCGUCAAAUAUGUAAGACCUUUUGAGCGUAACUUUGUACAUGACUAGGGGACAUUUAUUUAACAACAUCUUUUGGGUUUUCAGAUAACGACCACAAAAUUCUGGUUUUGUAUCAAGUUACCAACAGAAGUGCCCUGGGUGUUGCGCUUGGUGUUGUGGGAUUGCUAGUUUUAGGGAUGAUUAUGUACGCAUGCGUGACAUGGUGUCAGAAUGACAAGAACGGCUACAGCAUUCCACCUGGUCAGCGGAAUAAGAGCGAGACUGACGAGAGCGAUGCUCUCUUCUCUGUCACAAGCAGCAUGUAUUACAACAAGUAGGUUUAAUAACACAUGUUAAAUAUACCACAUUAAAACCUCUUACAAAAGAUUAAGGGUAAAGGUCAUUAUUAAAAACUGAAUCAUUGGAUAGUUCAAUUCUAGAGUUCCGAUUGGUUCAGCCAUCAUGAGUAUAUGAGCCAUUAGUAAAAUACAACUAGUGGACUAUUAUCAAUGUUGCGUUCUGAUUGGUUGAGCUACUACUAGGCUAUAUGUUAUAGCCCAUUAGUAGCGAAAAGCAAAGGCUUUUUGGCGCAAAAAAGGAUUAGUCUAUCUUUUACUGGCUAAAAUUGUUUGGUCUGAAUAUUUUUGACCAACUAGUUGGAUCUUACCAACACAAUUAUUCCUCUUGCCCUCAUGGCCUCUGAGUCAGAGCCCAUUCGGGCUCGAGGAAUAAUUGUUAAUUAUACCAUGCUCUCCAAAUAUGUAACUGUACGCGUCUGCCCCCCCCCCCCCAAAAAGAACUCUCGAUAUUUUGUGGGCGUUUUCAAUUAAAUAGUCAUUUUACUCGCGCUUGUUGGAUAUGAGAUGAUUAUAGCCAACUCGGCGCUAUCGUCAUCAUUUGCCUGACAAACGUGAGAACUUCGUCGGAAAGAAAAAAUAUAGCCUGGGAAAGAGGUUGGAUUAUUUGUUGACGAGAACGACUAGCUGGGGCAAGUAACUCAACGAACUUGACAAGGAAAGAUGAACUGCGGGAAGUUUAAGCAAGCAAUCAGCACGAAAUGCGGUUUAUGAAAUAUAAUAACUUAAUUAUGGGGUUUUUCAGGGAGAACAAGACAAUUUAUUCAAAUGGUACAUAACAUGGUACAGAAUCCCAGUUGGUUGGCGCAGAAGCAUAUAACCCUGUUUGGAGGCAACCCAGUUGGCUGUUUCACAUACGUGGCUAAGAAUUUGAGUUAUAGGGACUAUCGAGAAAAAAAAAAUCUAGAUUAGGGGUCAGGGUCAGAGCUGAACUCAGGGAGUUUCCAUAAAGCAGCCGUUCUGAGCUGGCUGAGCUGAACGCUGGCCUUUACUUCAAGGGAGGUGACAAGAAUUCAAUUCAUGGUUCGUACAAAUUCAGACAAACAAAUUUCAAGGAUUUUCAAAGACAAAUUACAGCAUUUAAGGACUAAGAUUUAUUUAAUAAGUCGACAUUUUUUAACCGCCUUUGAUCACCCUACUAGCUAAAACACGUCCGAGACUUUGCAAAAUGAGUGGGUGUGACUUGCAAUUUGCAUCUGAGGUACAGGAAUAGCAUUUGAAAAAAAGAACCAGAAAAAAACUUUUGUUCAUGCACAAAACAAAAAUGUUAUUACGUUACCCGUGAGUUUUACAGGUUCUUACGCCGAGGAUGAGCCAAAUUUUUCUCGCCAAAGUAAUCUAAUUUUACAGAAAAAGGUGUCUGGGGUAGAUAAGGUUGUGAAUUUCAAGUACUUUUUAAGACCUAAUAAAGAAAUCAACUUCUUUUCAAGGACCUAAACCGAAUUCAAGGACUUUUCAAGACGACUAGUAAAAUACAAGACCUUUUCAAGAUUGUACAAACCAUGCAAUUUCUGCUAAGUUGAGGGAGGGAACUUUACCAACAAAAAAAUACUGAUUCGAGCAUCUUUCUGACAGAAAUACAUUAGGAAGUUGGGUUCGUACAGAAUUCAAGACUCUUUCCAGACUACAUUUCCAAAACAAUAACUUUUCCCAGACUCAAGGCUAUCAAAUAGGUGAUCAAUAAAGACCUUGAAAAACGCAAGAAACAAAGCUUUUUUCUUCAUGCGCUGCAAACAUACGGACGAGAUAGACCAAGAUUUGACCAAAACGAAAAAAAUUUUACUUCUAAAGCACUUGUUGUAACAUUGAAAACAAAAAAGAACUUACGACUUUUGACCAUUAAUUAUUUUUCCAGACUUUAUCUCUAUUUCCAGACUUUUUUCAGGUCUAGAAAAUUGCUGGGCAAAUUUCAAGACUUUUUCAAGAAUCCAAGACUUUGUAUGAAUUUAAAGCAAGUCAUAGUGAUAUUCCGUUCAUCAAACAUCAGAAACAAAAAUUAAAUCAUAUUGUGUACUGUAACUUUAAAUUUCAGGGCCUUUGAAGACGAUAAAGUGGACUGGAUGCUGGAUGAAGAAAUAAUCUCCUGA